AUGCAGCCUCCGCCCGCCUGUCUCAGAUUGCGCGCCGCCGCCGCCGCGUCCCCGCGACCAAUCCCCGCGAGAGCUGCGUCCCCGCGCCCAGUCACCGCUCAGCCUAGCAACCGCCGGAGGGUCAGCGGCGGCGCUCAGCGUGCCCCCUGCGGCCGGGAGGCGCCACCGACACGCGGGAGCGACCCUCCGCCUCCGGAAGCCCUCUCUGGCCUCCGGAAGCCCUGGGACGCCGCCGCGCGUACCAGGCCGGAGACGCAGGGGCCAGCGUCCGGCUACCGGGGGACGUACCCCGACGGCUCAGCCCCGCAGCGCGCGGGCGGGUGCUCCUCCCGGACUCCGGCGACGCCGCCGCCGCCGCCCCAUGCAGCCUCCGCCCGCCUGUCUCAGAUUGCGCGCCGCCGCCGCCGCGUCCCCGCGACCAAUCCCCGCGAGAGCUGCGUCCCCGCGCCCAGUCACCGCUCAGGUGCCGCCUCUGCUGGGUCCGCGCCCAACCACCGACCUAGCAACCGCCGGAGGGUCAGCGGCGGCGCUCAGCGUGCCCCCUGCGGCCGGGAGGCGCCACCGACACGCGGGAGCGACCCUCCGCCUCCGGAAGCCCUCUCUGGCCUCCGGAAGCCCUGGGACGCCGCCGCGCGUACCAGGCCGGAGACGCAGGGGCCAGCGUCCGGCUACCGGGGGACGUACCCCGACGGCUCAGCCCCGCAGCGCGCGGGCGGGUGCUCCUCCCGGACUGCCGGCGACUCUCUGCCCCUUCAAACCUACGCCUGCAUACCCCGCCUGGCCCCUCCCCGUCCAGUCCAUCGUCUGUCCGGCUAG